UUUAGAAUUUGUUCGGGUUGCCAUUCCUAAACGAUAAGCAAAGUGGACAGUGGUGUGACUGAUACUGACACAAGUAACAAAGCAUAGCAGAGAGAGUGAGACAAAGCCAAAAAACAGUGAGAGAAAGAAAUGUCGACGGAGGGAGAGGUGGUUUGCGUUACCGGAGGAAGCGGUUGCAUUGGUUCUUGGUUGGUCCGUCUCCUUCUCGAACGCGGCUACGCCGUUCGCGCCACCGUAAAAAAUCUCAAGGAUGAGAAAGAAACCAAGCAUCUACAAGCCAUGGAAGGAGCAGACUCGCGACUUCGUCUCUACCAAAUCGAACUCCUUGACUAUGAUUCCAUUCUCGCCGCUGUCGACGGCUGUGCUGGCGUAUUCCACCUCGCCUCUCCCUGCAUCGUUGAUAAAGUCCAAGAUCCUCAAAGGGAGCUUCUGGAUCCUGCAAUUAAAGGAACCCGGAAUGUACUUACAGCGGCCAAGGAGAAAGGGGUUAGGCGCGUGGUGGUCACGUCAUCCAUAUCUGCUAUAACGCCGAGCCCUAAGUGGCCAGCAGACGUUGUCAAGGCAGAAGAUUGCUGGACAGACAUGGACUACUGCGAGCAAAAUGGAUUAUGGUAUCCAUUGUCCAAAACACUAGCUGAGAAAGCUGCAUGGGGCUUUGCCAAGGAGAAGGGUUUGGAUGUGGUGGUGGUGAACCCUGGUACGGUAAUGGGUCCCGUUAUCCCACCUACUCUGAAUGCAAGCAUGUUGAUGCUUUUGCGCCUUCUACAAGGUUGCACAGAGACAUACCAGAAUUUCUUUAUGGGUUCUGUUCAUUUUAAAGAUGUAGCCUUAGCACAUAUCAUGGUGUAUGAAAACCCAUCAGCCUCUGGUAGGUAUUUGUGUGUUGAAACCAUAUCUCAUUAUGGCGACUUUGUGGCGAAGGUUGCUGAGCUAUAUCCCGAGUAUAACAUUCCCAGUUUGCCAAAGGAUACACAGCCAGGGUUGUUAAGGGCAAAGGAUGGAGCAAAGAAGUUGAUGGACAUGGGCUUAGAAUUUAUUCCCAUGGAGCAAAUAAUCAAGGAUGCAGUUGAGAGUCUAAAAAGCAAGGGAUUCAUUCCUUAAGUGGAGCUUUUAGGUAACCAUAUGCGAUGUAGUGCCGAUAUUUUAGCGAGGAACUGUGAAUAGAAUAACUGCAGUUCCAUCUUGUUGAGCUGUAUAUCUACGUAUGAUGUGUUGGAUAGAAACACUGUUUGUACUCUUAAAACUUCUAAUAAUUCCCAUGGUGUUUGAAUA